CCGAGCUCGGUUCCUGGUAAGGUUUUUCAGCCUCUCUCACCCCUGUGUCUGGGCUCUGUACGUCACCCUCUUCCUCCGGGGUGGGCACAAGGGGGACGGGGCUGCUGCUGUGCUGACUCCUGACUGGGUCAGCCAGCUGGGCUAGGCUAGGCUGGGCUAGGCUGGGCUAUAAAACCGAGCCGAGGCAGCGCAGCUGGCUCACACAGCCAGCGCAGGACCCGUGCGCAGCCUCCUCCUCCUCCUCCUCCUCCUUGUUUUUCCUGGAAUACUGAUCCGACCCCGGCAGCAAGAUGUGCAAGGGACUCGCUGCGCUGCCAGCCACUUGCUUAAAAAGUGCCAAAGACAUGAAGCACCGUCUGGGCUUCUUGCUGCAGAAGUCAGACUCCUGUGACUACAGCUCUUCCCAGGGCAAGAAGGAGAAGAUAUCCUCAAGCCAGAGGCUCAGCCAAGAGGAAGUCAGGAAAUGGGCAGACUCCUUGGAAAAUCUGAUCCAUCAUGACAGAGGACUGGCUGCUUUCCGUGCUUUUCUCAAGUCUGAGUACAGUGAGGAAAACAUCGAGUUCUGGGUCAGCUGCGAGGAGUACAAGAAAACCAAGUCACCAGCCAAGCUCAGCCCCAAGGCCAGGAAGAUCUACGAUGAGUUCAUCUCAGUGCAGGCCACAAAAGAGGUGAACUUGGAUUCAUGCACAAGGGAGAAGACAAGCCACAACAUGCUGGAGCCCACACUGUCCUGCUUUGAUGAGGCUCAGAGGAAAAUAUUCACCCUCAUGGAGAAGGAUUCCUACCGCCGCUUCCUCAAGUCCCCGUACUACCUGGACUUGGUCAGCCCGCCUGCUGCUGGCUGUGGGCCCGAAAACUGCAAAAGGAACCACACCCACAGCUUAGACUGCAACUCCAACAUCAUCUCCCAGUGUGCCUGAGCCUGCAGCACGGCGGGGCCGGGCUCAGAAUGCUCGGCAGCAAAAGCACCCAUUGGCAUGAAGCAACAGAGCUGUCUCCAGUAGCUGUCUAAUGUCCCACUCGUGUCCCAUGUCAUGCAACAGCCAGCAUUUGUAACCCCAUCCGGGCUCAGUGUGUGCAGCAAACCUCCUCUGAUGGGUCAGGGCAGGAGCUGGGGGCUGUGUCCAGCAGGAACUGGGGGCUGUGUCCAGCAGGAGCUGAGACUAGUGUCCAGCAGGAGCUGGGGGCUGUGUCUGGCACAGGAUAUAGGGACAGGAGUGUCCAGCAGGAGCUGAGAGCAGUGUCCACCAGGAACUGGGGGCAGGAGUGUCCAGCAGGAGCUGGGGACAGGAGCUGGGAACAGGAGUGUCCAGCAGGAGCUGGGGGCUCUGUCCAGCAGGAGUUGGGGGCAGUGUCCACCAGGAACUGGGGACUGUGUCCAGUAGGAGCUGGGGGCAGUGGCUGUGUGUGCCAGGCUCUGCCAGCCCUGUGAGCCCAGGAGCUGCUGUGCCAGCCCAGGAGCUGCUGUGCCAGCCCUGGCUCUGCCCAGGAGGGACCAGGCUGGCGAGGUCACCCUGUGACACCCAGCAAGGUGCAGGGCAGAGAGGAAGCCGAGGUUUGUGGUCUCCCCUUGCUGAUCUGCAGAGGUUUAGUGAGAAGGGCUGGCUCUGGUCCUUAGCUGUCCACAGCUCCCCAAUGUCCAGGCUGUCAGCAGUGUUUGCCCAGAGCUCAGGCUGUGCUGCAUUGCAGUAUCAGAGCUCCUGCUCUCUCCUGAAGGGAGAACAGAGCUUUUUGGACAGCAUCUCUCCAUCACCACAGGCAGGGUGGCAGGGAGCUGCUGCCUCUGUGACACCAUGCUCAUGCUGGCCAAGGAUCUUCCCUAGGGCUGCACAGAGCUGUCACUUUGGGGGGCUCAUUAUUCCCCGUGUUAUUAAUCACAACCUUCACCCUCACAGGUGAAAUACUCCAGCAGAGCAGAACAGAAACUGCUCCUGCUGUCCUAGCCAGGUGUAUAUUCCAUUUGGACUCAGCUUUGCCUGUCCUUGCUUGUAAGGAGCAGGACCACAAUAUCUGAGGAGGGAAAGCCCUGCUUGGGAGUACUUGAAAACAGUGGAGUUUUUUGAGGUGUUGUUUAUGUAUUUCAGUAGUAGCUUGGCUCACUUUUCCUGAAGAUGGGAGGAGGAACGUGUCUAUCUCCCUACUGCUCCAGGGCUUUGCCAGAAGGCAGAGCUCACAUUUCGAUUGCUGUGGUGAGACACAGCCUUUGCUGUGGGGUUUGGCACUCCCUGCAGUGGGAAGCAGGGCAGGCAGCUGCAGGAUCCCUGCAGCUCCUCUGCCCUCCUGCUGCAGCACCAGGUGUGUCACUGUCCCCAGCCUUGGGCUCUCCUUCACUGGUACUGCUGCUCUGGCCACUCUGCAUCCCAGCCCAGACAACAGCUCUCACACCGGGGUUUUGGCGUGGCAGGAGGAGGCUGUGGCUCUCCAGGCCCAUAGAGAAACUCCAUUUUUAACACGUGCUUUAUUUUGUAUCUCUUCAGUGUACUAACACCAUGCAUGUUCAGCUAAGAGGUGGAGAGGCUUGCUAAAGCUCUGAACAUAGCCAAGCAUGUGGCUAUGUUUUAUGUCCCACUGGUACUGGGAACUCUUGGUAACUAUUGAAAAACUGUGUCAAUAUUUAAAUAAUGAUGAAUGCAGUCUAAAUAAAAAUGUUUGCGUUA